AUGCCUUCCAUCACAGUAGUAGGGUCCCUAAACUACGACCUCGUCACCUACACCAACAAGGUUCCGGGUCCGGGCGAGACGUACCAAGCCAUUUCGUUUGAAAAUCACCUAGGAGGAAAAGGUCUCAACGAGGCGUUGGCGGCCUCUCGUCUAUCGGCGCCGAAUUCCACCACGAACAUCAGAAUGGUUGGAAAUAUCGGUGAAGAUUCGUUUGGCAAGGAACCCAAGCAAGCCUUGGUCGAUUCCAACGUCAAUGUAGACUACGUGAAAGAGAUCAAAGGAAUAAGUUCGGGCGUUGCUGUCAUUCUUGUUGAGACAAAUGGAGAGAAUCGCAUCUUGAUUACAGCGGGUGCAAAUGGUGAAUUGAAGCCAACCGAAGAAGAGUACCAGUCGAUAUUUUCCGAGACGGAAGAUGGCGACUAUGUGAUUCUCCAAAACGAAUAUCCAGACACUUUCAAGACCAUUUCGUGGUUGAAGGCCAAUAAACCCAGAGUGAAUAUUGCCUAUAAUCCUUCCCCAUUUAAAGAAGAAAUUGCCGACCCAGAGAUCAUGAAACAAAUAGAUUUGCUCAUUGUUAACGAAGGGGAAGCCGCUGAUAUUGCCAGGACCCUCAAUUUGAACGAAAAAACGGAAGAAAGUGUGGAUAAUAUGAAAAAGUUGGCCAGUGCGUUGCAGAGAAAAUUGCACCAGUCCAACUGUAGCAGUGCCAUAAUUACCAUGGGCGGCCAGGGAUGUUGCUAUUCCACUAAAGAAGGGGCCAGCUUCACACCAGCAUCAAAAGUGGAAAAUAUUGUCGAUACAACGGGCGCAGGAGACACGUUUUUCGGAGGCAUAGUUCUGCAAUUGGCACAGAAAUCUUCACUACAAGAUGCUGUUUCGUUUGCUACAAAAGCCAGUGCAUUGGCUAUCCAGAGAAAAGGUGCAGCGGAGGGCAUACCUUGGUUUAACGAUAUCAAAUAA